GUCGACGCAGGAUGUAAUUCUCUAAAGUGCUUGUCAGUGUCGAUUGGAAGUUCUGAAUUUAGUGGAUGUGCUUUCCAAUUCAACCGUUACAAAACAGACAUGGUAUUGUUGACGACAUGAGAUCUAGGCUGAUUGGUGUCGUGAAAUGGAUAAAGCUCACCGUCCUGCUUGCUUUACUGACAUCUGCAAUCGGUCAUGCAGAGUCCAAGGCACAUACAAGACAUCCACACAGCGGAAGUGCCCAUCGUCGACCAACCCGAGCUGACACCAGAACUAAUUUGAGUUACGAAAAAACUGGUUCGAAUGGCGAUCGCUACAGGGAAAUGUUUGCCAAGCAAAAUACUGAAAUUGUUCUCGAUUGUGCAGUCAAUAUCAAUUUCAGCACUAGCAUUUGGGUGAAAGAUGGACAGAUGGUACAAACGAUACUGAAAGACAAUUCGAACAAUAAACGUGUGAUCGGUCAUCGGUUUUUAGUGGACGCAAGUGGCAAUUUGUACAUUGAUAAUGUGCGUCUAGAGGACGAUGGAAAGUGGCAAUGCGAAGCUGAGGAUGGAUUUGGAUUUGUUGUGCAAGGAAAACCGAUUGUUUUGACUGUUUUGGAUCCACCGAAAAAGGCCUACCUAAUGAUCGAUAACAGGAUCUUGGAUCCAGGAAACCCCUUCAUUCCAGUGAAGGAAAAUGCCGAUUUAACUGUAUCGUGUGUGGUGGACGAAGGAAAUCCCAAAGCCUCCUUAUCAUGGGAACUGACUUUGGGAUCGAUGGCUCUUUUGGAUAUGCCCGAGCUGCCCUUGGAAGUGCUCAAUUUGACCGAAACUGUUGUGGAUCAGAAGGCGGGCGCAAGAAAUGACGCCCAUAUGGGCAAAGUGCUCAGAGCUCAUCAUAAUGCAACUUUAACCUGUUUCAUCAAUCACAUUGCUCUAGAUCAGCCGCUAAAUGUGUCCGUUCUCCUCAAUGUACAAUAUACUCCCUCAUUCGCCAUAUCCCGUGAACCGGGUUUCGGCUUCCCAAUUCGGGAAGGAAUGCCGGUUUCCCUAAAAUGCGAUGUGGAUUCGAACCCAAAAGCGAAACCAAUUUGGCAAAAAGACGAUGGCGAUCCACCGGUGAUGCAAAACCCGAACGGAUUCCUCAACUUCAGCGAAAUUCGAAGAGAACAUAGUGGAUGGUACAAGUGUAUCGCUCGCCAUAUGUUGGGCAGGUUCAGCAGCAUUGGGUACUUUCUUAAUGUCCAUGAUGUGGAAGUGACCCAAGAACCGGAUUUCGAUGUUGGGGAACUCAGCUCAACUGGUCGACAAGUGGAGGUUUCUUUAGGUGGUGCAGUUCAAUUAGCUUGUCCUCCGGGUAUUAGUGGCUGCUGGGCGAGAGUGGAAUCAGGGACUGGUCGUUUGGAUCCAAUUGGCGCCUAUCAAGAGCUGAGAUUGGACAACGUAAUCUAUCAAGAAGGAGGAGAAUACAGAUGUGUGGCUCCAUCCAAAGAGAACACCAAACGAGUUGAAGCUAUUCGACAUGCUUUAUCGGUCGACGUUAUUGUAACAGGUCGUCCCACUGUGAUGCCAACGAAUAAAAGUAUAACGGCAGUGUCUGGACAGCCCCUAACUUUAACCAUGGAGUUCUGUGCCAACCCCACCUACACCAAAGUGUUUUGGAUAGCAAAGAACCAAAAGGUUUAUAGGCCGGGAGAUGCCGACAAUACCAUCAUUGCCUACAGAAUAACGAAUACCACGACUCUUCACUGCCACCAAGCAGUUCUGUUCCUGACAAAAGUAACAGCAAUUGACACCGGAGAAUACAAUUUCAUUGUAAGAUCUCCUCAUGGCCUUGCUGAGGGAACUUUUUUCGUAAACAUGACCUACGCAAGCAGCUACCACACACCCCAACUCAAGUCAUCAUCGUCGAGCGAAACCCACAGAAUUACCUUAACUACAAUUUACCUAAAUGUGAUUGUUUUAUUAUUGAAAAACUGUUAAUUUUUUUGACUGAUUAGUUUUAUCGAUAAUAGUUCUAUACUAUACCAAUAUUAAACUUAUUAGUAAUUGUAUAUUGAUAUAAGGUCCAUAUGAUGUUCACCCUACACAGUAUUUUAGAAAAGGAUUCGAUUCUAUCUAAUAUUAUGUCUUUGUAAGAAUGGAAAAUUUAUAACGAAAUAUAAAAGUAUAUUAUGUAAUUUUUUAAUGUAUAGUUUUCUAUAUUGAUUUGCAAACAUGUAAAAAAUUGUUAAUAGGCGAAGCUUAAAAUAAAUGUAAAAAUAUAUGUAAGCUGUCUAAAGAAAAAUAAAAAUUAUUCGUCCAA